AUGGUUAGAUCUCUUAUCUCUAUCGAGGGUCUGCUCUUCCUAGCAGCACCUGUCUUCGGUAAUAUCGGUUAUCCGCCUAUUCCGGAAGACUUGACAACACCAUUCCAGGUACGCUUAGCCGUCAAUGGACAGAACGCUGUCGCAAUUGGGUGGAACACAUAUAAAGCCCUCAACGAGAGCUGUGUCACAUACGGAAUUGCACCAGACAAAUUGAACUCUCGUUCUUGUUCAACUUCCUCUACUACCUACAGCACCUCCCGUACCUGGUCCAAUGUGGCAGUGAUGAGUGGCUUAAAGCCAGCCAGCACAUACUUCUACAAGAUCGUCUCGACGAACUCGAGUGUGGAACCUUUCUUAAGCCCUCGGAUGUCCGGAGACAAAACUCCCUUCAAUAUGAAUGUCGUGGCAGACUUGGGCGUUUAUGGCAAAGAUGGGUUCAAAAUCUCGAAAGGAGACGACAUUCCCUAUACCCAACCCGAGUUUAAUCACACCACGAUUGGCCAUCUUGCCGCCACACUGAGCGACUACGAGGUUGUAAUUCAUCCGGGCGAUUUCGCAUACGCCGACGAUUGGUACCUCAAAUUGCCCAGUGUGAAAGAGGGUCAAGAGGCUUACCAGUCAAUCUUGGAACAAUUCUACGAGCAACUCGCUCCCAUAACUGGACACAAGCUCUAUAUGGCCAGCCCAGGCAAUCAUGAAGCGGACUGCAGUGAGAUUCGGCGCCUUCUUGAACUAUGCCCCGAGGGCCAGGAGAACUUCACCGAUUUCAAGCACCAUUUUGGAAAAGUCAUGCCUCAAACAUUCGCUUCAUCUUCCUCCGAAAGGUUUGCUCAGACCCAGUCUGAAAAAGCGCGAAGCUUUGCGAAGCCACCUUUCUGGUAUUCCUUUGAAUACGGAAUGGUACAUGUGGUGAUGAUCAACACCGAAACUGAUUUUCCUAAUGCACCGGACACCCAAACGGGCUCCGCCCGGCUAGAAAGUGGGCCAUUCGGUAGCAAAGGGGAGCAGCUAAAAUUUCUGGAUGCCGAUUUGUCCAGCGUGGAUCGGAGGGUGACCCCAUGGAUUAUAGUGGCUGGACACCGCCCAUGGUAUAGCACCGGCUCAGGUCAUCAUUGUCAGUCGUGCCAAAAGGCAUUCGAAAAGCUGUUUUUUAAAUAUGGUGUUGAUCUAGCUGUCUUUGGGCACGUGCACAACUCACAAAGGUUGCUGCCUGUUUUCAAUGGCAUUGCUGAUCCACGUGGUAUGAGGAACCCCAAAGCACCUAUGUAUAUCACCUGCGGCGGUGCAGGUAACAUUGAGGGUUUGCUUCACAUCAAGCAUAAGCCUUCUUACACCAAGUUUGCUUAUGCGAAAGAUUACAGCUACAGCACGCUGAAGUUUCUGGAUGACAAGCACCUCCAGAUCGAUUUCAUUCGCUCAUCGACCGGUGAUGUUCUGGACUCUAGUACAUUAUACAAGAGCCAUUCGGUGCCAUUUGUCACCCAGUAA